GGCUGGUUAAACACUGAGGCUCUGGCGUCCAAUAGGGAGCUGGGUUUCGUUUCAUUAGGAAGUAGAAGUGUUGCGGUAGCUGUCACGAUAUGUGGCCGCGGUUUACAGGAUGGCCAAGUGUGUCUUUGUUACCGUGGGCACAACGAGCUUCGACCAACUGAUCGACUGUGUGACUGCCGAGGAGAACAUCACGGUAAGCGGUGACACAGCCUGCCUUCCUGCUGUGUGAUUCUGUUAGUGUGUUAUCUGUGUGUAUCAGCAGGCUGACAGUCAUUCCAACUGCGAUACAUGGCUAACACCUAUGGCAUGGGUCAUACCUGUACACUGCAAUAUGCGGAAUGUACGCAAACGAGCACUAUAUAUAUAUAAUGUUUUUUAUGUAAUAUUCACACACACACCUUUUUACAUUGACAGAGUGCUGCCAAACUAUCAGCUGUCCCUGCGCUCAUAAACAACCAUCUGUCAUAUACCGACCCGGAAGUUUGGUCCCCCCCCACUAUAGAGACGACCCUCAAAAUAUUUCCAAUUAGAACAAUUAAGACUGAUGUCUACAGCCCUGGGCAUAGUGGCUCAACCUCUGCCCUGUGAUGGAUGUGUGUGUCUGUGCAUGCUGGCUGCAUGAGGUUAAGGUUUGUGUUUGUGUGUCUAUGCUGGCUGUGUGUUGUAUGUGUGUGCUGAACCACAUAAUGUAAGGCCCCUGCCUAGAGCCCUGGGCAUGGUGUUCCUACCUUUGCCCCCUGUAGUGUGUGUGUGUGUUUUGUUUUGUUUUUUAAGCCAUUCCUGCUUAUCUUUCUUCAGGGAGGGGGCAAAGGUUAAGGAGUUACUUCAACUACCAUUACCAGUUCUAUUUAAGUGGUCAUGGUAGUAGGAGUCUGUAUGUACUGCGUUUCUGCUUAUAACUCUGCUCAAGCUCUUGUGUGCUGGGGGAUAGUUACGUUACUCCCCUGGCAUAAGUGACUUUGGCAGCCCAGAACUCUGUUCCACACUACUAAAAAGGUCUUGUCCAUAGGCGUGCGCACGGGGUGUGCCUAGGCACACCCUAAUCCCCGCGGCACGCGCUAUGUGCCUCCCUCCAUGGGCCAGUGAGGGAGAUCAAAGGCAGGGAGGGAGGCAGGAGAGGACCUGGGGAGAUCUUGUCAGCAGCUCUGCCGGGUUCCUCUCGCGCUUGUUCACUCUCCGCUGGACCACCAGGGAAGGGAGGAGCACGGUCCCUCCUCCCUUCUUACCUUAUGUAAUAUUAACUAAACGGCCCCCACACAUUACACACAAACAUACAGCACACACACACACUAACAUUACCCUCACACUAACAACACCCUUACACACACACACACACACACACACACACACAGCGCCUUCACACACACAUCAUCCUUACACAUACGCACACUAACACCCUUACACACACUAACAGCACCCUCACACAUACACACACAGCACCCUUACACACAACACCUUUACACACAAAGCACCCUCACCCACACACACAAAGCACACACUAACAGCUCCCUUACACACACAGCACCCACACACACACAGCCUCACCGUGCCUUCGUACACUAACAGCGCCUUCACACACAGCACGUCCCCACACACAGUGCCCGCACACACACUGUGCCUUCACACACAGCACCCACACACACACAGCAGUGUGUGUGUAUGUGUGUAUAUAUGUGUGUGUGUGUUUCUGCUUUAGGGUGCACACCCUUGUACAAUAGGCUGCGCACGCCUAUGGUCUUGUCUGCCACACUACACUGCUAGCAACAGACGUAAUUAGCAGUUAUAGUAAUAACCAUUCACAGUUCUGGCAUUUAGUCAGUCUGAGCACAGACUUGGAAUACUAGCAGCUUCGCUGUGACUCAGCGGGUGCUGGGACUGUGAGGGAGCGAUUACUGGCAGAGGUGCAGACCACAUACUACCUGCCCUGGCCUUGUCCUUUCUGUAGCAGCUGAGCCACUUGACCGCAGCAUGCUAAAGAAUUUAAAAAAAAAAAAUUGCCCAACAUGCCCUUUGACCUAGUCAAAUGGUCCUAUCAAACAAACCUUUUUCUAUGAGAAUCAUUUGAUUGGACCAUGGAGGGGCAUUGCUAAGAAACUUAUUUUAAAUAUAUUCUGCCAUGCUUUAUAAUGAUAUAAAUGGGAUAUCUGACAAAGUAAUAGUAAAAAAAAAAAAGUGAUAUGAUGAUGAUAUUAUUAGAGACGAGGCGAAGAAGGCCCUGCUCAAAUGAGUUUACAGUAUGUUGAGGUGGUAAGUGAAUAGUAAGUAAACGUGCCCUGCUGUGAUGUCAGGAGCCGAGAUAUGAUGUCACUCCACCCCAGCAUCACUAAACAGCGCGUGAAGAAGAACAGCAAGAGCUUGAAGAUUAGUCAGCCACUGCAGCCACACUGGACCCCAGGGGAAAGAUACACACCAGCUCUCCCUAAAGUAGGGUGGCUGGGUGGACUUAAAUUAAAAUAAAAAAACAAGUGUGUGUGUAUAUGUAUGUAUGUAUGUAUAUAUAUGUGUGUGUAUAUGUGUGUGUGUGUAUAUAUAUGAUAUGUAUGUAGAGGGGGAAGAGUCUGCGCUUAAUAACGGAAAAGCUGCAACCCUCAAAGGGAAUCCCUCAGAAACCCUUUAAAAUAGACAAAUAAAUAGAGGAGUUUAGGGCUGUGCUGUUAGUACACCGGAAAUCAAUAAGUAUAAAACAUGUAUAUACAAGUACUAAAAACUAAUGGAUAGGUUCAAGUUAAAAUAUAUAUAAAAGUAAUGUCCGUACAAAUUUUUCAAUAAGAAUAGAUUAAAAAGUAGAGAAAUUCCAAAUGGAAUAAAAAACUGUCUCACUGAUAUCAAGUAUGAUUACAGUCCUCGGAGAUGGUUCCGUCCGGGUUAGAAAUCGUCCAUUUAUGUGGAAAUAAGAAACACAAAGAGAACUGCAGAUAGUGAAGUAUUGUAAAUCCAAGGAUAAAAAAUUAAAUCAGAAUCAGGAUUUAGAACUCCCAUUUGAUGGAGCUACGGCCAGCUCUGAGAUGAAGGGCACUUAGUGGUAUAAUCCCCACUUCAGGAUAUACUUGGAUGGUAGUCCGUCCGUCCGACUUGGGUUCCGUCGAAUCCCACAGGAUAUAUGAAACAGCAAUAGUAGGAACAAUUGAAAUUAAAAUAAAAUAAAUGAAAUACUCACAGAAAUAGAGCAGAAAAUACUGCUCUAUUAUCACAGCGCUGGUGGAAUUAUCCCCACCUAUGGAUUGCUUGGCUGUAGUUUAGACCGGCUCUUGUGUGAGAGACGCUUGAUGGUAUGUUCCCCACUGGUGGGUAUGCUGGAGAGGUAGGUCCGUCUAUUCGGCUGUGUUCCAUCGGGUUCCACAGAAUGUAUAAAACAGUAAUAGUGCUCUCAGUAUGAACAAAAAUGAGAUAAAUAAAAUAAAAAAAUGAGCUAAAUAAGAUAUACACGGCCAGCCUUAAGCCUUUAGGUGCCCAAUGUGAAAAAUCUUCUCUUUAAAAAUUUUAUUUUUGUUGUUGACAAUUAAGCUUUGUUAGUUUAAAAACAAAUACAUAACUGGCUCCUAGGUUUCAAACAAAUUUGUGAAGUCCUGCUCUAGAAGAUAUGAUUUUAACCCCUUCCUGACCGCGGACGUAUCGGGUACGUCUGACAAAAACAGGUCCUUAAUGACUGCAAACGUACCUGAUUCGUCCGUGGCUAAUUUGAGCGCAUGAUGCUUCCAGCCACUCUGAUGGUCUUGCACCGAUGCCUCGAUGUCGAGGCAUCGUGCAAUACCUCUCCUUACUGCCAGGCGUUGGGUGAUGGGCCCCCCCUCCGCGUAACGAUCACUUCCGGGUUGCUCCACGUGGCGCCCGGCAGUUAAGCAGAGCAUCAGAAGCCAUCGGGUAUGCUUCCGAUGCUCUGCCUGUGCUGAGUUCCUCGAGAGGUCGAGGCACUCAGUGAAGAUAAUAAAAAUUUUGCACUUUUUUGCUGUCUGUGCAUUUUUUUUAGGGGUUCAUUUUUUGUGAUUUUAUACUGAUGAAGUAUAAGGGAAGGAUGGAAUUCAAGCAUUACACGUAUGGUGUAAAGGUGUAUAAGCUCUGUGAUAGCGAGACUGGGUGCAUGAGGGAAAGGAUAGCUACCUUAACCCUCCAGGUAGCCCAGAACAUAUGGGAACCAGUGACAAGAUUGUCUGGGACCUGAUAUUCCCCCUGAUGAACAAAUGGUACCACUUGUAUACAGCCAAUUUUUAUACAAGUGUCCCUUUGUUCAAGCUACUGUAUUGUUUUGAUACAGUAGCUUGCGGUACAAUUAAAAAAAGAACCGCGCAGGUUUCCCAGGACAACGUGAAGGCACUCAGCUAUGAAGGGGGGAGACCUCAGCUCUGCGCCAAGAGGAGCUGUUGGCAGUUAAGUACAGAGACAAGAAGGAUGUGUACCUUCUUACCACCCUCAACACUGACAGGGAUGUGGAGGUCUCUGUACGUGGCAGAGCUGAGAGCACAAGGAAGCCAGUGUGCAUCAAGGCCUAUAACCAGCAUAUGGGCGGGGUUGAUCUGGCAGAUCAGCUGCUGCAGCCCUACCUAAUUAUACAGAAGACAAGGGCCUGGUACAAAAAGGUUGCAAUCUAUUUAAUGCAGAUUGCAACCCACAAUGCUUUUUUGUUGUGCACAAAAGCAAAUCCCGGAAUGCAACUGACUCUUGUACAGUUUCAGCUCCACAUCAUUUUGGGAAUUUUGUACCAUGAUGCACCUGCUCCCCAGGCAGUGAUGGGAGAGAGCAGAGUUGGGGCUACACAUUUUAUUUUUAAAAUCCCUUACUGCAGCAAAGCAGAAUCCCCCAAAAAGAUGCAGAGUCUGUUUUAAGAGGGGCCAGAGAAAAGAUACCAUAUAUUACUAUCCUGAUUGCCCUGGACAGCCAGGACUCUGCAUUGAAGACUGCUUCAAAUGAUACCACAAACUGGUAAAUUUUUAAAUUUUCUUUUCUUUUUUUUUUUUCUUUUUUUUAACCUUUUGCCGUUCUGUUUUUUUUGUUACGUUUACUCAGGAGGCCUUGCAGCAAACAACCUGGAGUGUUUUCUUGCAAUAACCAACAACAGGCUCUCCUAAAAUCAAAAAGGUGUGUGUGUGUGUGUGUGUGUGUAAAACUGAAAAAUUACCCCCACACACUUUCUCCAAUUUUUUAGGGCUAAAACAGUUGCAUCAAAGCACUCCAUAUACAAUACCUCGGGUGUCUAAGUUUCAAAUAUAUACACUUUCAUGGCAAUAAAUAAAACUGGGGUACGUGAUAAGCCCCAAACUAAAGAUAGGCAUUUCAGAAGAAAUACUCUCAAUUUCAAGUCAUACAAUUGUAACUGAACCUUCCCAAAAUCCUGGCAAACCUAUGCAUGGGGGACAUGGGUGUACUCAGGAGGCCUUGCAGAAAACAACCUGGAGUGUUUUCUUGCAAUAACCAACAACAGGCUCCUCUAAAUCACACACAAAUGUGUGUGUAAAAUUUUAAAAUUACCACCACACAUUUUCUCACUUUUUUUUUUUUUUGUUUAACUAAAAGGAUUGCAUCAAAGGCAUCAAAACACUCCAUAUACAAUACUAUGGGGUGUCAACUUUUCAAAUAUAUGCAUGCUCAUGGCAAGAAAAUGAAUUGGGAUAUCUAAAAAGGCCCCCCAAAAGAUGGGCAAAGAAGAUAUGUCAAAUUUGAUGUCAGAAGUUUGGCAUUGCACCCCCCCAAAACAACCCAACAAACCUAUGCAUAGGUUGUAUCACUGUAGAUAUGCUAGAUGUUGCUAAAUGCAUAUUGCGGUGUUCUUUGGCAUUAACCCAUAAUGUUCUCAGUACAUGUAUUCUUAAAUUGCUAUGUGUGUCAAAAAAAUCACCAAGUAUUUUUUUAAUUUGGCAUAGAUUGGUGGUAAAAUGGUUGCAUAGGAAGAGUCAAAAUACCUCACGUUUAAUACCUUGGGUUGUCUUCUUUUAAAAAAUAUAUACAUGUGAAGGGUUAUUCAGGGAUUUCUGACAGAUAUUAGUGUUACAACUUGUGUUAUUUUUUAAACAAAAAUGGUUUGGAAAUAGCAAAGUGCUACUUGUACUUAUUGCCCUAUAACGUGCAAAAAAACUAAGAACAUGUUAACAUUGGGUAUUUCUAAAAUCAGGCCAAAAUUUCGAAACUAUGUAGCAUGGGUGUUUUUUGGCGGUUGUAGAUGCGUAACAGAUUUUAGGGGUCAAAGUUAGAAAAAGUGUGUUUUUUUGUUUGUUUUUUAUUUUUUAUUUUUUUACAUUUUUCAUCAUAUUUUAUAAUUGUUUUUAUAGUAAAUUAUAUGAUAUGAUGAAAAUAAAUGUCUUUAGAACGAACAUUUAAUGGCGCGAACAACGGUAUAUAAAAUGUGUGGGUAAAGCUAAACAUAAACACUGCAGAAAUGUAAAAAGAGCCCUGGUCCUUAACGGUAAGAAAAUUGAAAUAUGGUCUGGUCAAGGUUAAGGGGUUAAAGGCUAAACUAUCAUAACUGGGGGGUAGGGUGGAUGUUACUCCUUUCCUCCCCUCACUAAAUUUGCUGGAUGGAUUCGUCCUCACAACUCCCCUAUAGGCUCACAGUCUAAUGGUAUUGGUAUGUACUGGUUCUACUGCUUAGACUCUCGGAUUAGUGAGCACUGUUUGUUUAGCUCUUGUCAGUUAAUGCCAGUUGCAAGACACACAGCUAUCUUCUAUGGGAAGCCUUGGAUGGGUACUGCUAAACACUUGAUGCUGCUAAACCUUUCCCAACCUACUCAACAGCACUCUAAGUAUUAUCAGAAAUGUAGUUCCCUUAUUUGAAAAAAAUGUAGUUCCCAAGGAUCUAGCACUGUUUUGUGUGUAAUGGAAACUACUACAGCUUUAUCCAUAACAUAUAUGUCCACCUCUUGUAGGGGUCACUGAGCUUUCCUUUGGGCUCAUACUCCAGGACAGCAAUGCUAGCUAGCAACGCCUCCUGGAUAUAAUGACUAUAAUGUACCUGUUUAAACAAUAUAUAUUUAUUCUUUACAGAUUCUCAAAGGCCUUGGCUACAGUAGAUUGGAUCUUCAGAUUGGCAGGGGGACAGUAAACCCCAAACCUUAUAGUACUAAUAAGUUUACAGUGGACGUGUUCAGAUAUAAACGAUCACUUGCGGAAGACCUCAAGAAAGCGGAUUUAGUCAUAAGUCAUGCUGGUGAGUAAUUGCUUAGUGGAGUACGUUGCUUGUAGUUUUGCUACAGUCCAUUCAUAUAAGUAAAGCUUUGCAUAUAAAGCAUUAAAGACAAAACCCUCAGCACACGGUGCAAUCCAAAUGGUUGUACCCUUAAAGCUACUUAUAGCAUUGUAGGGACACAAAUAGGGCAGUGGAAAGGGGACCAAUCUUGAUGCAUUUCAAUCAUUAUGACAGACCUGUAAAUAUUGCUUUGCACUUAUUUUAAUUCCACAGAAAUCAGAAGACAUUUGUGAAAAAAUACUUUGUAUUAUAUAGGGCCUGGUAUUUUGUCAAAAUGUGGCAAUGGUAAUUUAUUUGAUCUCUACAAUUUAAAAAUAUUUUACUUUUGUUUUCCAUGAGUAAUUAGUUGCAAGAAAAAGUAUGUGAACCCUUUGGAAUGAUAUGGAUUUCUGCACACAUUGGUCAUAAAAUGUGAUCUGAUCAUCAUCUAAGUCACAACAAUAGACAAUCACAGUCUGCUUAAACUAAUAACACACAAAGAAUGGAAUGUUGCCAUGUUUUUAUUGAACAAACCAUGUAAACCUUCACAGUGCAGGUGGAAAAAGUAUGUGAAGCCCUAGACUAAUGACAUCUUCAAGAGCUAAUUGGAGUGAGAUGUCAGCCAACUGGAGUCCAAUCAAUGAGAUGAGAUUGGAGGUGUAGGUUACAGCUGCCCUGCCCUAUAAAAAACACACACCAGUUCUGGGUUUGCUUUUCACAAGAAAAUGAUGCGAAUGUGAAUGAUGCCUCGCACAAAAGAGCUCUCAGAAGACCUACGAUUAAGAAUUGUUGACUUGCAUAAAGCUGGAAAGGGUUCUAAAAGUAUCUCCAAAAGCCUUGCUGUUCAUCAGUCCAUGGUAAGACAAAUUGUCUAUAAUUGGAGAAAGUUCAGCACUGCUGCUACUCUCCCUAGGAAUGGCUGUCCUGUAAAGAUGACUGCCAGAGCACAAUGCAGACUGCUCAAUGAGGUGAAGAAUAAUCCUAGAGUGUCAGCUAAAGACUUACAAAAGUCACUGGCAAAUGCUAACAUCCCUGUUAGCGGAUCUACAAUACGUAAAACACUAAACAAGAAUGGAUUUCAUGGGAGGAUACCACAGAGGAAGCCACUGCUGUCCAAACAAAACAUUGCUGCACGUUUACAGUUUGCACAAGAGCACCUGGAUGUUCCACAGCAGUACUGUCAAAAUAUUCUGUGGACAGAUGAAACCAAAGUUGAGUUGUUUGGAAGAAACACACAACAGUAUGUGUGGCGAAAAAAAGGCACAGCACACCAACAUCAAAACCUCAUCCCAACUGUGAUGUAUGGUGGUGUGGGGAUUAUGGUUUGGGGCUGUUUUGCUGCGUCAGGGCCUGGACAGAAUGCUAUCAUUGAAGGAAAAAUGAAUUCCUAAGUUUCCUAAGACAUUUUGCAGGAGAACUUAAGGCCAUCUGUCUACCAGCUGAAUUACACUUUUUAUUCAUCAGCUGCAGAUAGCUAUUCUAGGAUAGACAUGUUUUUUGUAAACCAUAGAUAUCUACAUUUGGUAAAGGGAGCAAAAAUAGGAAAUAUUACGUGGUCUGACCACGCACCCAUUUUCCUGGAUAUUGAACUGCAAGGCGAUGGGAAGGGUAAUAACAUAUGGAGAUUAAAUUAGUCUCUUCUUGAUGACCCAAGGGUCACCAAGGACUUAUCAGAUACGCUUUCUCAAUAUUUUUUAGAUAAUUGUACAGAUGAUAUUAAUGAAUCAUGGAUAUGGGAAGCGCAUAAGAGUGUGAUCAGGGGGGUCUUAAUUAAAUGGGGUGCCAGAUGUAAAAAGGAAUGAGCCGAAGAAAUACAAAGGCUCGUAAAAAAAAAUUGGAUACACUGGAGUCUAUGCAUAAGCAAACUCCAACCGAAGAAAAUUUUAAAUGUUUUAUUGGGAAUUAGAUCUAAGCUGAGGUCAUUAUUGACUUAUGAGGCCCAAAGAGCGGUCCAGUUGACGCAAAGUACAAUCUACACACAUGGGGAUAAAAGUGGGAAAUUGUUAGCUAAAGCCUUAAAAGUAAAGUUACAAAAAACAUAUAUACCCAAAAUUAAAUAUAAACAAGGGAAAAUUUGUAAUACUACUAAAGAAAUAGGAAACACUUUCAGGAAUUAUUACAAAGACCUUUAUAAUUUAAAGCUCCCUGAGAAGACCCCAUAUGAAAGAGAACAAUAUCUAUCUAAAAAUAUUGCAUUAAAAAUUUCUAAAGAAGCAUCAGCCCAAUUGGAGGAAUUGUUUUCCCUUCAGGAGCUUUCGGCAGUGAUAAAGGCAAUGCCUCUUAAUAAAAGCCCUGGGCCAGAUGGUCUCUCGGCACAUUAUUAUAAACAGUUCCAUAAUAUUCUUGAGCCACAUUUUCUUAGACCGUUUAAUGGUCUAUCUCCAACUAUGGACAUUCCGCCAUCAAUGUUGAGAGCAGUAAUUGCUGUGAUACAUAAAGCAGGGAAAGAUCCAGAAAAAUGUAGUAGUUAUAGACCGAUUUCUCUUAUUAAUGUUGACUUAAAAAUAUUUGCAAAACUCUUGGCAAAUAGGCUUAAGCCCCUUAUACCUGGACUGAUCCACCCUGAUCAAUUGGGCUUUGUCUCUGGCCGCGAAGCCAGAGAUAACACUACUAAAAUCUUGAAUGUAAUACAUGGAGCUAUUAUAAUAAAUAAAAGUCCUACAGCUCUGUUAACUAUAGAUGCUGAGAAGGCCUUUGACAGGGUGGAUCAGUCCUAUCUGUUUGCAACUCUAGAGGCAUGGGGGCUUGGCCAAAGAUUCUGCAAUUGGGUACAGACAUUGUAUAGAGGCCCUUCUGCUAAUGUCCGUGUUAAUGGUCAACUUUCCAACCCUUUUUUCCUGCCCAUUGUCCCCUCUUCUUUUUGUUUUAGCAUUUGAACCUUUUUUAGAAGCCAUACGAAAGAAUAGGGACAUUAAAGGAUAUAAGUAUAUGGGAGGAGAGGUCAAAGUAACUGCUUUUGCCUAUGACUUGUUAUUUACGCUUAUAGAAUUCAAUAUACAUUUCCUUAUGUCCAUGAGGAAUUGGAGAAAUUCGGUGGCCUAUCUAAUUUUAAAGUAAAUUCAGAUAAGUCUGAAAUACUGGGAGUGGGGAUAAAUACAGGAAUUAAAGAGGAACUACAAAAGCUAUAUAAAUAUAAGUGGACAGACACUAGUAUAACAUACCUAGGGACACAACUGACAAUACAGUUAAAAGAUUUAUUUAAAUUGAAUUAUGGAAAUUAUUGAGAAAGAUUGAAGAUCUAAAAAAUGGAAUCAGGCCUCUUUCUCUCUGAUCGGGAGAGUAAAUAUUAUAAAAAUGAUGAUUUUACCUAAGAUAUUAUACCUAUUUCAGACAUUGCCGGUCUCACUGCCGAGAGACUUCUUUAGAAAACUGCGAUCUACAUUCCUUUCAUUUAUAUGGAAUCAUAAAACUCCACGUAUUGCGUAUAAUAUAUUGACACUACCUGUUGAGAGAGGUGGCUUGGGCCUCCCGCAUAUCUAUAGAUACUAUGUUGCGGUAUUAUGUGCGCGAAUUAGAGAAUGGACGGCUAUAGAUAAGGGGAAGCCUUGGUAUAAGAUAGAACAGGAUUUUAUUAAGGUUAAGUUGGAGACACUGCCUUGGCAGAACUGUAAAUUAAAAUUACCAUCACCCUCUAAACACCCAAUUAUAAACUACACCAUACAGAUUUGGAGAAGGCUUAAAGAUAGAUGGGGACUAUCCCCGGGACUAUCUGUAUUCUUUCCAAAGCAUCUAAUGUGGAUUUCCAGUUUGGGUCGGGUCAUAAACUGUUGGAAAAGAUAACAGGAGAUGCAGACCCUUCAGUUUCAAGUUUAAUAACAGAUGAAACACCCAAUAGAUUAAAAGAGUUCCCUUCAUGGGACAAUAUGAACGCUCUUAUAGAUAGAAUGGGUAUUAUGUACUUAAAGUUUUUCAUAAACCAAAAAGUGUUACCAUAUUGGCAGACGAGAGAGAACAGAGUUUGAGUCACUCUGCGGUCCUGGAAUAGAGAAAAAAAAAGUUACCUGUCCAGUAUAUCUAGUUUAUUUCAUAAGGGAGCUAUGGAGAAGACUGUCCUUUCAUUCCAAUUGAAGUGGAUGAAAGGUUUGAACAUCCAAAUGACCAGCAAUGAUUGGUCAUUUGUGUUCAAAAUGGGGAUGAAAGCCCAGGUGAGCACUCCUAGGAAAAUUAUAUUUUUUAAAAGAGUCACUAGUUGGCACAAUACUCCAGAUCGACUUAAAAAAUACGGUGCACCAGCUUCGGAUGGCUGUUGGAGAUGUGGCGAGAGGGGGGGCGAAUAUGGAACAUAUAUGGUGGGAGUGCAAGCCUAUUAGGAGCUACUGGUUACAGGUACUGAGUGUCAUUUAUAAAAUUUUACCAAUGCCUGAUCAAUUAUCUCCAUCCAAGAUUCUAUUGGGAUGGCCAGCUUCCUUUAAGGAGAGUAACAAACAGAUAUUGCUGAGUUUCUUAUUGAAUGAGGCAAAUGCUUUGAUCCCGUUGUAUUGGCUUAAAUCUAGUAUUCCGACUAAAGAACAAUGGAUUUUUAGAGUGGAAGCUUUGAGAGAACUUGAAGAAGUCCAUUGGGCCAUUCAGGGGAAGAGAGAUCAUUAUGAUAGGAUAUGGGAACUCUGGCGAGCGUAUUGGGCAGAAACAUCAUAGCAAGACAUACUGAGGAUGAGUUAAUAGACCACUAAGGUUAGAAGUAUUGGCAGAACCCCCCCCCCCCCCCCCCCCUUUUCUUUCCUCUUUCUUUCUUCUCUUCUCUUCCCCUUCUGUCUUGGAAUGUUUUAAGCAUAUGAUGAUAUGGGACUUUGAUAAUGCGAUUUGAUAAUGGCGUAAAGUAGUCCCAAUAUCUGACGCAAAAAAAAGAGAAAAUACGCCUUCUGAAGUGGCCCAGUCAGAGUCCUGACCUCAACCCAAUUGAGAUGCUGUGGCAUGACCUCAAGAAAGCGAUUCACACCAGACAUCCCAAGAAUAUUGCUGAACUGAAACAGUUCUGUAAAGAGGAAUGGUCAAGAAUUAUUCCUGACCGUUGUGCACGUCUGAUCUGCAACUACAGGAAACGUUUGGUUGAAGUUAUUGCUGCCAAAGGAGGUUCAACCAGUUAUUAAAUCCAAGGGUUCACAUACUUUUUCUUGCAACUGUAUAUGUUUAAUCCCUUAAAGGGACACUAUAGGCACCAGAACCACUACAGUUGAAUGUAGUUGUUCUGGUGUUUACAGCCCUUUAGGCUUUUCAAUGUUAAUGCUACAUUUUCAGUCAUUCAGAAGGCCACUAGAGGUGCUUCCUAGUUUAGUUAAGUUAAGUUAAGUGUGCAGCGUUUAGCGUCUCCCUACUCUACAUGGAGAUGCUGAAUGCUCCUUAUAGAUCACCAUUGAUUCAAUGCAUUCAUGAGGAGAUGCUGUUUGGAGUAGCAUUUUUUUUCCGCGCAUGUGCAAUAGCCUCUCAUUGGAUUGCCCGAGAUCAUCAAGAUUAAUAAUAUCAGCCAUGGAGAUGGGAUCGGUUACGGUGAGUCCGGUGCCGCAAUGGAGAAGAUGUAGGUUAAAAAAAUGUUUUCACUGCAACAGCCACUUGGGCACUAUAGUGUUGGGUAUACAUAUUUGUUUUCCUAACAAUAUAAUGUUCCUUUAAGGACUGAGGCGAUUGUCCAAGUGCUGAACCAAAGCAAAACCUAGAAUUUAAGCGAUGUCUGUUAAACUAUAAUUUACUUCUUUCACAUUAAGUGCACUCACACUUAUUCUAUGUCCCCGAUGCAGGCCUGGACUGGCCAUUGGGUAGACCAGGGAAAUUCCAGGUGGGCUAUCAUGGGCUGAGGCCCACAGGGGAGAUCAAAUGAUCUCACUUUCCAGCACAUGCAGAGUUUGCAGUAUUGAAGUGCCGGCCUUGUUGUGUGCCUUCAUUGCCCACAGACAAUGCACUGCAGGAGAGUGUGGGAAUAGGAGGACCCGGGAGGCUGAACGUUCCUACCGCAAGCUGCACAAUUCAGAGCAUUGCCGCAGGUUACCAUGGCAAUGCUCUGUGGAACUUGUGAGAUGAGUAAACUCUGCCUAAAUUAUUUAUCUCUUUUUUUUUUAUUUUUUUUAUUUUUUUUUUUUUAAAGCAUAUUUGCUCCACUCCCAUACUCCACACAAUAUAUAGGCCCUAGACAAUCUAACAGUCACAUACUGCGCCCCCUUACACACACACACACACACACAGCACAAUUAAUUGGCUGUGACAUUGUAUCUGUGAUCAUGGUGACAGGCUAUAACUCAUGUGACUCAGUGACGAGUGGCUGCUGGAGGACUGUUUGAGUUGCCAGGCAAGUAUACCUGAUUGCAAUAUAGCACGGAGUAUGCCUGAAUGGGAGAAGAAUGUUAGGAUGUUCUAUGCCGUCUGAACAUUCUCAAAGACGUCCUUUUGGAGGACCACAUAGCAUUACGUCAGGAUAGGGUUAAAUACAAAAAUGUAAACUUUGAAACAUUUCUAAUUGAAAUAAUGAUGCAUUCCUUAUUUUAUUAGGAAGUCCAAGGUAUGUGCAGUAUUCCUGAAAUCUGUGUCAGAUUUAUAUAUCCCCUUGAAGGAUGCUGCAUCAGUUAUUUUGGAAUUAUAACGAAACCUUGAUUUGGUUUUUAUUACUUGAUAUAGGUAUCAAAUUGAAGCCCUAUUUGUCCCUUAAACAAUAUAUAGGUAGUAAAAUGGUCUGGAUGAAAUUCAGAACUAAACUGACACUCACACAAGUAAAGGUCUGUGAGCUUUUAUCCAAGCAGUUUGGUUUUCAGACCAUUCACCAUCCUUGUUCCUCAUGACAGGUAGCUUUAUUUAUUUUCUUCUCCCCUUUUUCUUAUAAAUUAUUCUUGCACAUCUAAAAGAUAUAUACUUCAGUCCCUUUUCCUUCCCACAUUGCCCAGCCAUAGGUAAAAUGUGUAUUUUUGUUUAUUUUUUUACGAAUUUCUUUUUAAAUCUUAGGUGCAGGAAGCUGCCUAGAAGCCCUUGGAGAAGGAAAACCUCUCAUUGCGGUCGUAAAUGAAAACCUCAUGGACAAUCAUCAAACUGAGCUAGCGAAACAACUUUAUAAAGAUGGACAUCUCUACUACUGCACAUGCAGGUAUCUUAUUAAUACAAGAUAUUUUAUAAGCUAAUUCUAAAUCAUUAGGCAUAUGCUCAAGGGAAACUACAGUCCCGUAAAAAAAUUAUAUAUAAAAUUGGAGGGCCUUAAAAGGUCCCUUCUAAUAUAGUGAACUCUGUCCCUUCUUUUUCCUUUUUAAAAGACCUCUAUAGUCACCCAUACCACUUCAGCUCAAUGAAGUGGUCUAAGUGCCAGGUCCCCCAGGUUUUAACCCUGCAGCUGUAAACUCAGAGAAACUGCUAUGUUUACAUUUCAGGGUUAAUCCAGCCUAUUGUGGCUAUCUUCCUGACAGCCGCUAGAUCCGCUUCUGCAACACUCAAUGCGAAAAUAGCAUUAAGCACGCAGAACGUCCAUAGGAAAGCAUUGAGUCCACUCGGGAGUUGACGUCGGAGGGGGAGGAGAGAUCACCAGUGCCGAGGGAGCCCAGCGCUGGGGGUGGGGGGGACCUAAGGACUAUAUAGUGCCAGGAAAACGAGUUUGUUUUCCUGGCACUAUAGUGGUCCUUUAAAUAUGUAGUGCUAAUUGUCUUUACUUUACUUACUGUUUCCAGCACUAAGACACAGUCAUUGCAGCACCCUGAUAUCUACUUCCUCAUCAUUAAGGAAAAUGCCUACUUGCUGACUUUUAGUCCAAUCAAAUGCUUUUCAUAGAUAUGCAUUUUGGAUGAAAAGCUCAUACAUGGCAAAUGCUGUACUCUGUCAAUUAAAUGCUUUUCAUAGAGAAGCACUGAAUCCAACACUUCUCUGCGAGAAGCAUCAGGCGACAUUCAACAUCAUUAGGCAGUGUGUGAAGAUGUCUAGCAUCAAAGAAAAGAGUCUGACUUAGUUGUAGGUGCAGAAGCACCAUCUAGUGGCUGUCAGUGUGAGAACUAGUGUAUUUAACCCUACAAUGCAAACAUUGCCUUGUAUCCGAAGCAGCAAUGUGUUCAUUGCAGGAGUAAAGUGUUGCAAAUGAACCCUCUGCCAAACAUUUGUGUCACUUGGUUAUGCUAGAAAUAAGACCAUAUUAUAACCGAUUCCAACAGUCUCGUCACCAGUGAUCUCAGUCUGCAUUUCAUAAAAACUAUUUUAGUAGUACACACUGAUAUUUUUCACUACUUGACGGUUCGUGAACUUUGCUACUCUGACCUAUUUAUUUAUUUUUAUUUGGAUCUAGCAUCAGGAGUAUUGUGAGCGACAGGACAUACUGUUACUUGAAAUGGUCAGCUAGUAAUAUGCUGAGAGUAGCAGCUGGUGGUCUAGACUACCACUGGCACGCAAGGUAGGCCAUCCAGAUCUGUGAGGAAGCAGUGUGGACAGGAGCUUCAGGAAUAAAGCAUACGAAAACACUUUAAUCCCGUUAGAUAAGAUGUUACCUAGGACUACAGUCCCCAUUAUGACUUCAUUGAAAUAAGUUGGAGGUUUGAAUCAAACCAAAGUAUUCCUUUGAAAGGAACACAAUAUUCAAAAACUAACCGCACCAACCAGAAACCUCCCAUUCAAGUCUAUGGAAUCUGUUAUUUUGCCAUAAAUGCCUGCCUAGCAGAGGUUUGUGGAAUAAGCAAUUUAUUCCUCUGCAGCAGUGCCAUUAUUACAUGAGUGGAAAUGUAUAAACUAGAAACAAACGGUGGUUGGGCUGCCAUCAGUUUAUGUACAUCUAAGGCUGCCGUUUUGUGAACCAAGCGGAGUACAAAGAUUUGCAGAGACUCUAGCCACAUAUGACCACUAGAUGGCACUCUAGCUUAUAGAAAUUACUGUGGAGAACUUUCUGCACCAUUCAUGCCAGUUGCAAGACACACCACUAUCUUCUAAUGCAAAGGUGUUAUGGUGCUUAGGGUGACCUAUUUUUUUUUUUUUUUUUUGCCACUACAGCCAUAGUUUUAUAGCAAUUGAGAAAUUGGCAUUAUACAAUUCAGAAUAGAAUCGGUUGCUAAACAAGUGUGUUCCGUUAAAGAAUGAGAUUUGUAAGAUUUGUGAAAAUAUACUCUUUUAUAUUCUAAUAAUUGUUUUUAUUUUUUUUAGCACCCUUGGGGACACAUUGCUAACAAUGGACCUUUCAGCUCUGAAGCCAUAUGAACCUGGACACCCAGAAAUAUUUGCAUCAUUUUUAGAUGAAGUUAUAGGGUAUAAAUAGCAGAAAUUUAUUAACUUUGUUUUAAUGUAUUUUUAUGAUAUGCCAUCAACAAUGUGUAAAUUUAGUAAUAAAAAAGCCUUGUUCUUUUUAUAGUCAUGGUCUUGUUUUUUUUGUUAUUUGUUUUUUAGAAUCUGUGAAAGCCUACAUUUUAAUA